CUGGGACAGAGGAAUUUUCACGGGCGUUCCGGGGGCGCCAGGGCAUUUCCGAGCCACGCUCCCCAUCCCGGGGCGCCGGGGCCCGCCCGCGGCAGACGCUGCCCAUGGCGCCGCGCAUGCGGGGAGCGGCCGCCAUGGCCGCCGUGCGCGCCGAGCCGCCCGCUGGGGGGGCUCCCCCUGCCUGAGCGCCUUCUGAGGGGCCGGCGGGCCCGCGCCGCCAUGCGAUUCCGGGCUAAGAUCGUGGAUCUCGCCUGCCUCAACCACUUCAGCCGUAUAAUUAACACGAUCGCCAAGUUAGCCAAGACCUGCAUCCUGCGCCUUACUGUCUGCAAGCUGUAUUUCAUCCUCUCCGACAAAGUAGCAAAUGGAGGCGCCAGCAUGUGGUGUGAGCUGAGCCAGGGGAACUUCUUCGACGAAUUUCAGAUGGAAGGAGUAGCUGCAGAGCACAAUGAAAUCUAUUUAGAGUUGGUGCCUGAGAACCUGUCGAGAGCAUUAAAAACUGCCCAGAAUGCUAAGGCAGUGAAGAUCAAGUUGACUAAUAAACACUGUCCCUGUCUCAGUGUUGCUGUGGAGCUACCAUCCUUAUCAAGCAGCAGUAGGAUUGUGACACAUGACAUUCCAGUGGGAGUUAUUCCCAGAAGAAUGUGGAAUGACUUCAGAGAGCCCAGUGUGCCGGACUUUGAUGUCAGUAUUUACCUGCCAGCGCUGAAAACAAUGAAGAGUGUUGUGGAAAGAAUGAAGAAUCUCAGCAAUUUGAUUGUGAUUGAAGCAAACUUGAGUGGUGAAAUGAACUUGAAAAUAGAAACUGACUUAGUAGCUGUAACAACACAUUUUAAAGACCUGGGAAAUCCUCCCUGGGCAUCAGAGGAUGGAUGUGAAAGUAAUACUCAAGACAGAGAUCUGGAAAGUAUGGCUGAAGCAUGCAUAGACAUCAAGAAGCUGCUGCAGCUGCUUGCUGGACAGCAGGUCAAUCCUACAAAAGCAUUGUGCAAUAUUGUACAUAAAAGAAUUGUCCACUUCAUCUUGCUCCAUGAGGAGGUUUCACUUCAGUAUUUUAUUCCAGCAAUUGCCUGAGUGUAUUGGAAUCUUGGUCAUUUUCCAACCUGAGGCCUCUUUCAUGAAGUCUGAAAUCUUUCCUAAUUCACUGGAGUGUUUUGAUGUGAGACACUGUUGGAUGCAGCUAUCAGAUGGACAUUACUUCAGUAUUUAUGAAAGUGUUCAAAAUACCUCCUCAUGCAGACAGCCAUUUUUGUGAAGAGUUGUAUGCUGUGAAAGACCCAAUACUGGGGAGUGUUGGUAUAUCUUACUCUUAGGAGGAGCAAAACUGAAAUUUGCCUUACCCACAGCUCAAAGCAUUCCAAAAGUGCACUCAAUUAAAUACUUCAGGCUCCUCAAAAAACUAAAAAGUAGAAUUCACCUCUGGAGCUGCUGCUGUGUGUAUUCACUAUUGAGCAAUGCAAUCCAAGUUAAGGGAUCUCUGAGCAAUCUGUCAUACCUCCAUGGAACUGGAGAGCCUUCUGGAGAGUUGCCAGGUUGGUAUUUGCCUGGACAAGUGUGUGCAGCCCUCCUGAAGUGGUACGGAAUUGAAUUCUGUUCCUUUAAAAAACUUUGAUUAGACUUGCUCCAGCUUACCUCAAUAGUUCUGUUUGUGCUUACUCUUUGUUUACCUCUUGGCUUGAAAGGACAAGCAAAACUGUGUGGAUUACUUUGUUAAUGUGGGCAGUGAAAAUCCCUGUGUACAGAAGGAAUAUCGUAUGAGGACAUGUGCGAGCACAGCAAUUGGUGUGAAAUAAAGUUAUCUGUGGAUCGCAUUUUUUCGCUUUCCAGAUAGAAAACAUUGUACAACCUGUGUCAUUACGGUGUCAGGCAUGGUGAGAUUGCAUCUAGGCUCUCAUGCCAAGCAAUCAAGAGCAUGACUAAAUUUCACUCUGGGACUACUGCCCCUACUCCUACCUCCUGGUUAUUUUCUGAGGUCUUUUCCUCCUUGUUCCACGUGUGAUUUAUUUGUUAUCCUGCCAUGUUCCAAAAAGCCUUUGAUUGUUUUAGUGAUUGAGUCUAUGCUGCCAAAUGAGACUGGAAGUUUCAUCUAGAAAGUAACUUGUCAUGGUUAGAAGUGUUGAGCUUUUGAUGGUUUGGUUUUUUUUCAAGGGGCAUUGACAUUAAGGGAGCAAUGGAUCUUUUGUUCAUGGAGAUGCAAAUGCUCAACAGAAGGCUGAAGGAGAGGCAAUGCCAAUGAGAAGAUAGUAGACUUGCAGUAAUGAGUGUAUUGGCUGACUGUUUAUAGGCUUUUCUGCCUGCUCCCUCAUUGUUCCUCCCUGCUCUCCCUUGCCCUGCACAUUGCCUCAUCAGUUGUCGUAUUUCCACCCACUGCCUGCAACAUG